CGGGCGCGCAAGGGGAAAAUGUCGCUCUAAUCCUCGGCAUCUACAGACUUUGCACCGAACCAACUGAAGGUCACCCACCGCCACAGCAUCAUCUUUUUCCUGCAAAGAGCGUCCUCCCAGCGCCGAUGUAUCGAUGAAUUUCCCCGGGAAACUAACAAACGUCCUCGUGCUGGUGCUCCUCGCAGCGCAAGGCUGUUACUCUUCCAAAGGAGAGGACAGAUUAUUCCGGAGAUUAUUCCGGAGGUACAACCAGUUCAUCCGACCAGUGGAGAAUGUAUCUGAUCCAGUCACAGUGGAGUUUGAGGUCUCCAUUUCCCAACUGGUCAAAGUGGAUGAGGUGAAUCAGAUCAUGGAAACCAAUCUAUGGCUGAGACAUGUCUGGAAUGACUACAAACUGAGAUGGAUCCCUGUUGAGUAUGAUGGCAUUGAGUUCAUACGAGUUCCCUCCAACAAGAUUUGGAGACCUGACAUUGUUUUGUACAACAAUGCUGUAGGUGAUUUCCUGGUUGAAGACAAGACUAAGGCUCUGUUGAAGUUUGAUGGCACCAUCACCUGGGUUCCUCCAGCCAUUUUCAAGUCCUCCUGCCCCAUGGACAUCACCUACUUCCCCUUUGACUACCAGAACUGCUCCAUGAAAUUUGGAUCUUGGACCUACGACAAAGCCAAGAUUGACCUGGUGCUCAUCGGCUCAAAGGUAAACCUAAAAGAUUUCUGGGAGAGUGGAGAGUGGGAGAUCAUUGACGCACCGGGUUACAAGCACGACAUCAAGUACAACUGCUGCGAGGAGAUCUACCCUGACAUCACCUACUCCUUCUACAUCCGCCGCCUGCCCCUUUUCUACACCAUCAACCUCAUUAUUCCCUGCCUCCUCAUCUCGUUCCUCACAGUGCUGGUCUUCUACCUCCCGUCCGACUGCGGCGAGAAGGUCACCCUCUGUAUCUCCGUCCUGCUCUCCCUCACCGUGUUCCUGCUCGUCAUCACAGAGACCAUCCCCUCCACGUCGCUUGUCAUCCCUCUGAUCGGCGAGUACCUCCUCUUCACCAUGAUCUUCGUCACGCUCAGCAUCGUCAUCACCGUCUUCGUGCUGAACGUCCACUACCGCACGCCCAUGACCCACACCAUGCCAGAGUGGGUGAGGUCCGUGUUCCUGGGAGUGCUGCCCAGGGUGAUGCUGAUGAGGCGACCCAUCGACCAGGGCUGCUCCUCCUCUGGGAGUAUUGGCGGAGGGACCGGAGGAGGAGGAGGGAGCAGUGGAGGGAGCAAGAAGAGAAAGAAUAGCCUGGGUGGUGGAGGGGGAGGAGGGGUCGGUGUUGGGGGAAUCACUGGGGGUGUACCAUGUCCGCCGCUGGAUGGUGGAGCUGGGGGAGGAGGCGCCACCUCAGCUGGGGGCUCCAUGAACUGUGUAGAAUAUGGGGAGAUGAACCGUGACAUGAACCGGGAUGCAAACAGGAGGUGUCCCUACAGGGGGAAGGAGGUGCCAACCCCAGUCCCUCCUCCGAUGGUGCCGCCUCCUCCCCAGGCCCCCCAGACCCAGGGGCCUCAGGAGUCAGAGCUGCCCAAGCUGCCGAGGGCCCUGAACGCCCCGCCUCCAGUCAACGCUGUGGUCGCCUUCUCUGUGGUGUCGCCAGAGAUCAAGCAGGCCAUCGAGAGCGUCAAGUACAUCGCCGAGAACAUGAGGACUCGCAACAAAGCCAAAGAGGUGGAGGAUGACUGGAAGUAUGUCGCCAUGGUGAUCGACAGGAUCUUCCUGUGGGUUUUUGUGACAGUGUGUGUGCUGGGAACUCUGGGACUUUUUCUUCAGCCACUCAUCAGCUUCCUCAAAUGAGACUUUUCCCUGGAAGCUGUUGGAUCCGCCUUUCUGUCUGUCUGACUUUCUUUGUCUCCCUUUUUGUCUUUUUCUCUUUCUCUGUCUUCCCUGCUUUAGUUUCUAUGGGAAUUCCCUCUAUCAGUUUUUUCAUAUGAAUCAUUGGACUCUUUUUUCCUCUCCGUUCUGCGUGCUAUCCUCCCCCCUCCUUCUCCUCCUCUACUAAUAAUCAUUGCCCUUCACUUAUAACCCUCAUCUGUCAGUUUCCUUACAUGAAAUGCAAAAUUUUUCCCUGUUCACUCAUUUUAUAAUAUGCUGUUAUCUUCCUCUCUGGUACCGUUUCAGCCAUGGUUAUCAUACCUCCAGCUCUUUACCUCUCGCUCCCUUUGACUCUCUCUCUCUCUUUCUUCUCCUCUGUGCUGUGCUCUGACUCGCCACCACCUCUGUGUGACCAAUUAGCUUCACGCUCUUCUUCUGAUUUUCCUUUUUGUGUGCAUUCCUUUUUCAUGUGUUUUCUGCAGUAUUAUUGCCAUUGUACAGUUCCAUGUGAUGUCCAACAGUAUCCAGUGAAAUAAAUAAAUAAACAAACAAAGGUUCUGCCAUAAGUUAGUAUAGAACCUGUAAGAAACAAAAUCACUGAGUGAGGAGAACCCGAAUACCUUAGUAGAUUUAAAGAAGCACUUUGUCAAUGUAAAGGAGCAGCAGUCAAUAUUUCUGUGGUUUCCAGUUAAAGAAAAUGACUGCUGAUCACACUGUAUGCAUCUGUGGUUGUAAUGUAACAUACAGUAUUAGAUAAUUUUGUAGCUGCCACCCGUGUCCAUCAUCUGCAUUUGUUCACAGACUCUGUCCCAGACCUGCUCUCACCUCUGUGUUACCGUGUACAUAGCUGUGUAAAAUAUGAGCAAGUUAUGCAUGACUUCUGAGGGCACUGGCUAUGAUCUGUUGUACAGACAUGUUGUCUAUUCAUGGAAAUAACAUAAAAAACAAUAUGCAUCUCACAUGAAUUCACAACUUCAGUGUGAACAUAAAGUAUAUACAAACACUCUGAAAUUGCACAAUGUAGAUUAAACUUGUAAAGAGACUUGAAGAAAC